GGAAGCGGCCAUAACCAUGGUGCUGACCCCUACUGUGGAAGGGGAGGAUGUCGUUUGGAAGCUGGGUGUCAGGGUGUAUCCUGAUUUGUCGGUGACUAAAAGCUAUCGGCAAAUGAUGCUACUGAUCCACCCCGACAAGAACGACGGCAGCACCCGGAGCAGCGAGGCCAGCAAGGUGCUCUUGUCCGUUUGGGAGAAGUUCGUGUCAUGGAAUCCGGCCCUGCGGAAAAGUUCAGCGAAGCUCUGUCGUCUGCGCGCCCUGAAUAGCUUCGAGAAGGAUCUUCGUGAUGUUCUGCAGAAGGAUUCGGGGAGUGGGCCGAGCAGGGGCUCUCCUUCCAGUGCCGAGGACUCUGCUGCAGCACCUCCCGGCCGUGAUGUUCCUCCGACCGAGGCUCCUGGCUCCUCAUCUUCGAGCGCUCCUCCGGCGCAUCACGAGGCUGGCGCUCCUCUUUUGCGGGAUUGGUUGACGGGUUGCACCUCGCAGGACAGUGGCUUCAUGGAUCACGAGGACCCCGACAUGCACGGCGAGAGCUCCUUGGGUUGGGCCCCGGCGGACUUGCACUUCGAAGGCUGCCGGCUUCGUUGGGAGGCCGUGUCCGAGGAGCUCUACUGGCUCCGACAGAGGGCCGUCAGGAUCCGCGGCAAGGUGGGCUACGUGCCGGUGCUCGAACGUGAGGGUCAAGGCCUGCCCGGCAUCGGCAAGCUCCCACCGCUUCCCGAGCAAGACGGCAAGCGCAAGAGAAACCAGGACGAGCUGGAGGCGGCGGUCGCGAAGAGAGACGAGGCGAUCUCCAAGCUCCCGAAGGUUUUACUAAUGGCUGGCGAAAGUGGUCAUGGUGGGCGAGGACUGCCCGUUCCUUUCGAGUUACGUCGAGGCUUCGGCGGCAGCUUUGCCAACUGGAGCUCUCGCACCCUGAGCGCGGUCUUCGAUGACAAUGAGACGGACAUCCCGGAGGUGGCCCGGAUCCAAGGCUUGGAGGGCAAGGUUCGCCGAGCGCAUCGGCUCAUCUGGCGCAACCUGCCCGAGGUGAGCCGUGCUUGGUUGGAAGGGGGCAGUGGAGGCCCCGUCGCUUUCUUUGCCUACGCGGACUGGGAGCGCAAGGUCCUGCAGAGCAUGGCGGCCGCUGCCGGCGCAUCCUUGCUGGCCUUGGAGCACGAUGGCGUGUGCGCUCUUUCGGAGGCCAAGGACCGUGUCUUGCAGGCUGCGGCUGAUCUCGGAGUUCAGGUGGCCGCUAAGCCGGUCCCGAAUGCCGUCGAGUUUGCUGCCGCUGAGCAUCCCGACUUCGACUGGAAGCUCUCGUCCAGCUCGGCUGGCGCCCGUCUCCAGGAAGGCCUCGACGUGCUCGGAGGCUGCCACUUUUUCGGGAGAGGGUCGUUCAAGGGCUCGGGUGGAGUCGCGGCUCUUGCAUCGCGGCCCGCAGCUGGCGCCUUUUUGGCCUUGGAACAGCUCGGCAUUAUUAAUUCCAAGCCGGAUGAAGGGCAGCUUGCUGCAGGAGUGUUCUCGAAAACCGUUUGGAUGUCUGAGCUGAAGCAGGUCCCUCCUCUGCGCCUGUAG